AUGACGGUAUCCGAGGUCAAAGGUUAUGGACGACAGAAAGGGCACAAGGAGAUGUAUCGCGGUGCUGAGUACAACGUCGACUUUAAUCCGAAGAUUAAAAUUGAGCUGGUUCUUGCUGCGGAUUUAGUAGACAAAGUUGUCGAUGCCAUCCGGGAUGCAGCCAACACGGAAAAAAUUGGCGAUGGAAAGAUCUUUGUUCUGCCGGUUGAAGAUGUCCUGAGGGUGAGGACGGGAGAAAGAGGAAAAGACGCUAUCUGA